CGGUGCGGACUGCAGAGCCACCUGCGCGUCUGCGCCGGUCCUUACCCCGACCUAGAGAGGUUGUUACAAUGGAAGGAACUGAUAAUUUCAAGACACCAAGCAAAUUAUCUGAAAAAAGGAAAUCUGUGUUAUGUCCAACUCCGUAUGUAACUAUCCCUGCCUCUCCAUUUAUGCAGAAGCUUGGCUUUGGGACUGGGGUAAAUGUUUACCUAAUGAAGAGAUCUCCAAGAGGUUUGUCUCAUUCUCCUUGGGCUGUAAAAAAGAUUAAUCCCAUCUGUAGUGAUGAUUAUCGGAGUAUAUAUCAAAAGAGACUAAUUGAUGAGGCUAAGAUUUUGAAAAGCCUUCAUCAUCCAAACAUUGUAGGUUAUCGUGCUUUUACUGAAGCCAGUGAUGGCAGUCUGUGCCUUGCUAUGGAGUAUGGAGGUGAAAAGUCUCUAAAUGAUUUAAUAGAGGAGCGAAAUAAAGACAGCCAGCAUGCCUUUCCAGCAGCUGUAAUUUUAAAAGUUGCUUUGAACAUGGCAAAAGGGCUAAAGUAUUUACACCAAGAAAAGAAACUGCUUCAUGGAGAUAUAAAGUCUUCAAAUGUUGUAAUUAAAGGUGAUUUUGAAACAAUUAAAAUCUGUGAUGUAGGGGUCUCUCUACCAUUGGAUGAAAAUAUGACUGUGACUGAUCCUGAGGCCUGUUACAUUGGUACUGAGCCAUGGAAGCCCAAGGAAGCUUUAGAGGAAAAUGGCAUUAUUACUGAUAAGGCAGACAUAUUUGCAUAUGGCCUUACUCUGUGGGAAAUGAUGACUUUAUCUAUUCCACACUUUAAUUUUGAUGAUGAUGAUGAUGAUGAAGAUAAAACUUUUGAUGAAGAUGACUUCAAUGAUGAGGCAUAUUAUGCAGCUUUGGGAACCAGGCCACCUAUUAAUAUGGAAGAACUUGAUGAAUCCUACCAGAAAGUAAUUGAACUCUUCUCUGUAUGCACUAAUGAAGAUCCUAAAGAUCGUCCCUCUGCCGCACACAUUGUUGAAGCUUUAGAACUAGAUGGCCAGUGAUCAUGUCAUGACCACCUCACCAUGUAUGGUUUGUGUAACUGUUCUGUUUAUUUGGAUACAUUUAUAUAGUUACUAUGAUGAUCUACAGUUACUAGUCUCUGAAAGAGGCCUAUUGUAGGACCAUAGUAUUGUUAACAUUUGAAUUACUUCUUAAGGCUAUAUUUUAUAUUUGCAUGAUAAGCACUCAGUAUUAUACUGGAUUUUCUGUGAAGUUUAAAAAACUAGCUCUGCAGGCCCUUAAAUGUUGCUCAUAUAGAGUUAAAACACUAACUAUAAAUGUUGUAAACUGUCUAAUAUUAAUUUGAAUUGAAUGACCAUAACUUUUACUAAUGAUCGUUCUUACAUAUUUUCUUUUUAUGGAUCUAUUAAAAUUAGCACUUUAUGCAGUGCAAAAGCCUGCAUUUGCUUCUGUUUUUUGGCUGAUGUACUUAUAAAUGGUCACUAGAACUUGAAGAAAAAAAUGACUCAGUAGAAUAGCUCCUUGGGUAAUUUGAUUCUUUGGCUUGUAUUUUCUGUACUGAUCCCUUUUUUAGUUUUUAUUUAUUAAUCU